AUGUCUGGGCGGCGAUUGGCGCUGCCGAAGAGCAAGGCCCGUCCUCCUUGGGCGGAGAGCGAUUGGCUCAAGACCUGGUCGGUUCCCACUGUAUUGUCCGAUCCUCCCAGCAGGAAGAUGGCUGAGGCCUCUGCGACAAGGUUGGACUCUGAAACGAGGAUGACGGGGUCUGAGGGGGGCGAAGCACCGAGAUCGGAAGUUGUCGUGCUCAGGCCUUAUACGGCACAGCUCACCCAGUACCGCCCGACUGCGUGGGCGGACUCUGCGCAAGUUGUGGCCAACCAGCCGAUCUACCCGCAGCACGGACCUCACGCUUCCACCGCCCUCAGUGCAACCGCCCUCGAUGCAACCGGCCUCCGUUCCACAGCAGGGAGGUUCGUCGCUGGAUUGGACCAAGCCGGCUACCCGCUGCUCCAGGAUCGCUACUACAAACCAGAGCCGCAGUCGUUGCCCGAUGGUCGGUGUUUCUCGCCAGCUGAUCACUUGGACUUCCGGUCGUCCGACUUCGGGCCACGGAAUUUCGGGUCGCAGAAUUUCUCCCCCGAUCACGGUGGCGGACCUGGCCCUUACCACUCGGACUCAUAUCAGCCGCGGUAUGCCUAUCCUCUGCACCAUUCCGGCUUCUACACGGGUCCGUACUACCAAUACUCCAGCACACAGAUGUCCAUGGCGGCCCUCACCGAGGGAUUCGGCCAACCACCCGGUUUCCUUACGCCACCACCAUCUACCGGACUAACAGUUCUGAGACCGUCGGAGACGCAAAGACCAGGUGCUGUGCCACCGCCUCCGCCGACCACCCCUCAUGCUCCUGAGACCGCUACGGAGACUUCCUUCGGCGGGUCAAAAUAUACACGCGGCCGAGUUCAGGCGAAUGCUAGGAUGCGAAGCGGUUGGAACCAAGGCGGUUGGAGUCAAAGCGGUUGCUGUCAAAACGGUGGGGCCCAAACUAUUUGUGGUCAAGCCGGUUGCGGUCAAGCCGGUUGCGGUCAAGCCGGUUGCGGUCAAUCCGGCUGGGACCAAAGGGAUUGCGGUCAAAGCAGUAAGACCCCUAAUAAUAGAAGUCCAGGUGGCAAGGGCCAAAAUGGCAAGGGCCAAAAUGGCAAGGGCCAAAAUGGCAAGGGCCAAAAUGGCAAGGGCCAAGGUGGCAAAAGCCAAGGUGGCAAAAGCCAAAAUGGCAAAAGCCAAAAUGGCAAGGGUCAAAAUAGCCGAUGCCGCCAAGGGGGCAAGAGUAGUACAAAGGGUGCGCGAAAUGACUUGGGUGAAACUUCUCGUUCCGGAAAGAUGAAGAAAACUCUGACUCCUGCACGACGGGAGAGCUCUUGUAGCUCAACCUCGUCUAUCAUCGGUCAGACAGUUUUUGACUCCAAGCGUGAGUACGAACUGCCGGAUGGCUUGACCAACUCCGGUAACCAUAAGUCUCAGUCUCGUGACCACCAGCCUCAUGAUCCCGGGUCUGGUGACUUGGUCAUCACUCUCUCAGAUCCUGAGCCCGAUGACGUCAGCACUGACAGCAGCGGAGACGCGCUCUCGUUCUUGCAGCCGAAGCCGCCGACCUGGCUCGAGCGGCAGAUGCGGAAGCAGCACGAUGAGCUCUCCGUGGAUGACUUGUCGGAGUUUACACCCGAGGAAGGCGACUGCAGACCUGCGUCCGACGGACCUCCUGGGUCCAGCGAGUUCGGGAAACGAUCCAGUCUAAGCGAUACACGGUCCGGGAACCGGUUUAAAGCUCCGAGGAUGGCCCCGGAUAUGCCGGCCGGCAAGAAGCUAGCGGGAAAGACUCUGGCGGGCGGGAAUACGACUCUGACGGGCGGUAAGACGCCUCCCGCGGGGAAGACGCUGACGGCAGGCAAGACGGCUAUGUCGUUGGGUCAGACGAUGGUGCACCAGACGUCCAGAGAGCGAGCUUCCAAGAAGAAGUUCCUGGAGACGCACUUGCGAUCAAAAGCGGCGCCAGUGUCACAAACCAGGCGUCCGCGGUCGAGCAGACUGCGCCAACUGACUUCGAGAGGUUCCGACACGGAGACUUCCUCUUCCACCUCUGGCAACGAUUCAGCCCUGUUGUCCGCCGAGGGCUUGUCCGCCGAGGGCUUGUCCGCCAACGACUUGUCCCUGGAAGACUUCCCAAAGGAACAAGCAGCUGCACCGCGGGAAGAACUCCCCCCGUUCCAGAAGGAGACCGUCACCACCCCUCGUAGCCGCUUGUUGGACGUGGAGGAUGUCGUGCACCUGUGGAGCACUUCCUCCAACAUCAGCGACAGCGAUCUGGACGCGCCUGAUCACACGCACUUGAGCCACGUCUCAGGCAAGAAUCAUGUCUCGGACAUGAGGCGUCCCUCGGAAACGAUUAUACUAGACGACGUCCCCAUCGGUGGCCUCUGUUUUCACGCUGAAGGUGAGCGCAUGCGCAAACGACCUGCCGACUUAAAAUCCCAGCCAUUGGCGAAGAAACCGAGACGAAAGCGGAUUACCUUCGCCAACUUCGAACUCAGAAGCACCAAAAGGAGGCUCCAGCUAGCAUCGCAGCAAGCUAUUAGCAUCGAGACCGCACGGCCAGAGCCUGCACGGCCACAGCCUGCACGGCCAGCGCCUGCACGGCCAGCGCCUGCACGGCCAGAGCCUGCACGGCCAGAGCCUGCACGCCCAGUGCCUGCACGGCCAGAGCCUGCACGGCCAGAGCCUGCACGGCCAGAGCCUGCACGGCCAGAGCCUGCACGGCCAGCGCCUGCACUGCCUGAAUCAGCGCUACCCGAGCCAGCCACGUCUGUGAAGUCUGCCGGGAAGAAGCCGAAAACGAAAACUGUGAAGGAGAAAAAGACCAAGAAACGGAAGUCGGGCGAAGGCAAGGAUCGCGGUUCAGCUUCGGUAGAGGAACACGCUACCGCCAACAGCACUACCGCUCACAACGUUAAUGCUAAAAUCGGAGAUCCGAUCGAGGACGCUCCAAAGGAUGCCACCGCCGAGAAGGUUACGAUGCGUGCGGUGGUCGAGGACGUGGAGGACGCUCCCAAGAGUGCUCAGCACGGAGGCCAAAAUCCGAGCAAGAAGCAGUUGAAACAACAAAAACGGAAAGAGAAGAACAAGAGACGUAAGGAGGAACGGAUUUGGAGAACCGUGUAUGAGGCUACCAGUUCCUUCGCGCCUCCCGUGGCCGUCGACGAGCUCGUCGGCUGCCGUAGUCACGAUACGGCCAACAAGCUCGUCGGAGCCUCCUCCUACCCGACAGUCGACGUGGACACUCUGAUUGGCCUUCAUGGCUUCUUCGGUAACGACAGCAAGCCGAAGCUGCCCACCCGUCUACGCUUCAGCGGCCGCUUCUUCAUCCGUAAAGAAUUCCUGCCAAAGUCCAAAUGGCCGGAGUUCCUCGCCGACCUCCAAACAGCACUCAAGGAAGUCAAAAAACACUCCCGAGCGCAACAGACCCUCUUCGGCCUCAACCUGCUGUACGGCCUCAAGCUUAAGUCACUCGACAGCGGAACCCCCGCCACAGCCAAGAUACUCUCGCGCGUCGCCGCCCUCAUCGGGCAACUGGUCACCACAGUCGAACAGCAGACCGGACGCUCUGCCUCACAAAUUGCAGCCGAGGUGUCCGCCAAAGGAUUCAACUGGCGCCCGGCUUCCUGA